AUGAACUCGAUUGAUGACGUUGACGAGUGGGAGUAUGAAUACUCAACCACGGAGACAGAAACUUACUAUCUGACCUUGGACUUGUCCGUCCGCGACUUUCUCGAGAGACGAACCGACGAAAUUUUUCACAACACACGCAGCGGGUAUCGUGUUUGGUACAAUCCCAUAUUCAAUGCUCCCGAGCCGCAGGCGACAAACCCAGAUCUUCUAGAUGACAAAGAUGCCGACGAUGGAGAGCCCCCUGAGCGUGAAGACGCAGACCUCGAUGCAAUUGGCAUGCCCCCAGUGUCCUCGCGGACCCCGGUUGAUCCCAUGCUCGAGCAGAACAGCGGCAAAGAUGCGCAGGCAGAGGAACAGUAUCCGGGAACGAAGGCCGCAGAGGAGAUCCAAAUUUUGGAUCUUCAUUCUAAGGAACCCAUCGUGUCCUACCGCAACCACAUCUUCCGCGGUACAUGGUGCGAGAACAUUGGCACCGAGAUGAUUUUUGCCCAGCACGACGACAGGUCGCCUCUUCCAGCUCUCCGUCGCCUUGGCCAAAAUAUCGAUCUUCUGGCCGCUAGCUCUGUGAGAAUCAACUUCCAAGAAGCCACGCUGCAGCCCCGCGACAAAGACAUCAUAUCAGGCAAGUUCAUGUAUGGCACCGCAGACAACUGGGAGGACAUUCCGGAGAGGUACAAGCGGAAUGGCGGCAUCUACGUCCAUAUAGGUGGCGACAAGAGCGGCCUGCGACAGCCGCAAGCGCAUUUCCUCGAAGAUUUGAUCGCCCUAAAACGGAAGCGCGGCGAGACCGACGAAGUCACGAUUCAACCCCUUGAAACACGACACAAUAAUCUGAUGGUAGAGGACGAAGAGGAAGAGCGCCGUAGGAGGAAGCUUCAACAAGACCAUGCCCGUAAUGUGCGCUGGCGGGCAAAGCGACAGGAGGAGAGGGAGAUGGGGCUCGAACCCACGAGGAGCGACUACGUCCCUGGGAAGAACCUCAAGGGCAAGUUUCCGCGCACAAGAGCAAGGCGCGCAGUGCUCAUCAGCAGAGACACAGGAGUGAUAUCACGAUACGUUCCACGACUGCUCAACCCGACACCACCCGACCCCGAAGAGCGAGAUCGAGACAAGCAUUGGGUCAACACAUCUCCCUCUUGGAUCGAUCGCCAAGUAUGUCGUUGGCUGGGCCUCUGCGGGCUGCAGCAUCUGCGAUGGGACGCUCCGGCGCGCCCAGACCGCGGUGAUCAUUCCAUGAUGGAGGCUAUCAAAAUGAUCGCGGCCGGCUGGAGCGAAGGGUACACUUUCGUUGAGAAGGUGGGGGAGAGUGACUGGGAAACGGCCCCUGUCAAGCCCGAUCUCAAACGCAUCAGGACCAGCAGGGCACUAGGCAACAACAACAACAACAACAACAACAACGACGACGACGACGACGACGUGAGAAUUCUUAACGAGGUCCCGGACUAUGUGCUCUUGCAUGCACCGCUCGUACAUUUGUACUCUGGGGAGAAUUUUUGGCCCUCUGACAUCGCGGAGCACAUCCAGCAUCUGAGGCCUUACCAGGAUGGAAAAGAGUUAGACCUGGGAAAACCUUUGCAUCUCGGCAAUUUGGCGACCCUCAACGAGCUGAACGGGUCCGUUUUCUUGACGAGCGAGGACGACGUUGAAUGGAGGCCCAGGUGGUUGCAUAACCGUGUGGGCAUUCCGACACCUUUCAAGGAUGACGGCGACUAUUUCCCCGGCGGAGAUGGCAACCGCCAGCCCGAGCCGCCUGAGGACGGCAGUACUUGGUGGGAUGCUGACCGAAAGCACCCGCCUCAUCGCAUCGUUCCGCCAUUCCGGAGUCAGAAUCACCGAAAUCGCGGGCAGCUUGGUUGGAGGGAUAAAACUCGGCUUCAGCGUCGUGCAGCAGCCAACCAGCAACGUCCGAUUGUCGGAUCGGGUCUGAACAACAAGCCCGAUUCCAGCGGGUACUCCAAGGCUCCUGCAGUCCUCAUCCUCGUCGAUAAGGGCGCCGGCAUCCUUGACGCCUUUUGGUUCUUCUUCUACAGCUACAAUCUCGGCCAGACGGUCCUCAAGAUCCGCUUCGGCAACCACGUUGGCGAUUGGGAACACUGCAUGGUUCGCUUCCAGAACGGCAUUCCACGUGCGAUGUUCCUUAGCGAGCAUGCCGGCGGUAAGGCAUACACAUGGCACGCGCUCGAGAAGCGUGCCCAGAACGAUGGCAAGCCUCCGCGUCCCGUUAUUUACUCUGCUGUCGGCAGCCACGCCAUGUAUGCCAACCCCGGUCUGCACCCUUAUGUGCUGCCGUUCAAGCUGCUCCGGGAUGUCACCGACAAGGGACCUUUGUGGGAUCCGACGCUGAAUCAUUAUGCCUAUUGGUACGAUUAUGAAGUUGACGAGGAAGAGUCGAGGAACGGCACGAUUCGGGACACAGACCGCACUAGCCUUGUGCCUGCAGCAUCUAACCCCGACCUGCCCACUUCAUGGUUCCAUUUUGAGGGGUUCUGGGGUGACGAUGUCUAUCCCCUCAGUGAUCGUCGCCAGUGGAGGAUUUUUGGCGAGUACCACUACAUCACGGGGCCGCUUGGGCCGAAGGCCAAGUGGUUGGACAGGAGAAAAGUCUGUCAGACAGAGAAGUGUAUCAUUGUGGAUAGCAUUGAGGCAGGCAAGAAAUCUGCUUGGUAUUAA